CGGACCAACAGGAUUAUACUAUUGUACAACGACCUUUUUUACGCAUUUACGCGCUCCACUUUGGUGUUGCCAACCCCAAACAGAUGAUGGUUACUCCAAAGAUGGCCAGCCGUAGAGGAGCCAAGAGAAUCUUAAAACCUGUCAUCGAGAAGAAACGGAGAGACAGGAUAAACCAGCGUUUAGAUGAGUUGAGGACUCCUCUGGAUAAUACAUUAGACUCGCGACUUCAAAACCCCAAACUGGAGAAGGCAGAAAUUUUAGAAUUAACUGUUGAAUACAUAAAGAAAAAAGCGCAAGGUGCGAGGGAAACUCAAGGAGAUUCUCACAAGGACCCACAUGACGCCAAACCCCCUGCUUUACAUCAUGGAAGACCACACGUACCCUACGCUUCAGUCCACGAGUCCAUCAAUGCCCAGAUGCCCUCCAAUCCCAUCUACAAAGCUGGUUUCAAGGAAUGCAUCUCUCGACUGGCCAACUUCAUUGAAUGUGUGGAGCCUUCCCAGCAAGACAACUUCAUCCAAGGCCUGUAUCACCAUCUCGACUCCUACAGCAAUGCUCUCCCCCAGAGCAGAGUUUCCAGCCAAGCUGCCCACCAUCCUUGGAUCCAAAGCGCUGAGCUGACGUGCAGGUCGGAUGUCCCUGUGAUUGGACCUAUGAGGGGAAACGCUGAGCCGUUUUCAUACCCCAGUAGUUUGUAUCCCAGCUCCUUCAUGCUUCACCAUCCGACAGGGCAACCUAUGACGCACCCCUACCUAUCUCCUCCGUACUCCAUUUCCCCUCCACCAUCUCCUUGUUACUCAAGCAGUUCUCCGCCUUUCUCCAGCUCACCCACAUAUCUCACCGUACCCUGCCACUUCCCUUUCCCACCCACCAUCUCCCCACUUUCUACAGACUCUUCAUCAUCACAUCAUCAGUCGUCGUCGUCUUCUCUUAGUAUCUCACCACCUUGUCUGCCUGUAGUCCCAGUGCCCCAUCCACAGGCCUCCCCCACUUCAGGGCGACACGCUGGGUCUUCUCCGCCCUGCCCACCCCGGACUCUGAGACGAGCUCUGUUUCACAACCAGCCUGUCUGGAGGCCCUGGUAAGGAAGAUCAGUGCCUAAAAACUUAUUGGUGAAAUACAGGGGAACAAUCACUGAGCUACGUCUACAUUUGUUGCAUUCCUCUGACAUUAGGUGAGAGAGAAACAUUGGUUGAUCUAUGCAAAUAACACACAACGUAAAACUUGGUUGUUAUCAAUGUUUAUAGGUGCAGUGAUCUCUGUAGUAGUUGAAUUGCACUGUCACAUUCCUUAUGUGUUUCCUCUGCAUAGUAAUUUUCAUGUCUGGACUAUUUUAUUUGUUUCAAAUGAUGUAAAUAUAUUUAUUUUUUUUCUUUUGUACAUUGUAAAUUAAUUGUACAUUUAUCACUUAAUAAAUCUCUAUAAUUUUG